AGAAGGCAGCAUCUGGGGCGUCUCCACCAUGGCCUGGGCUCUGCUCCUUGUCACCCUUCUCACUCAGGACACAGGGUCCUGGGCCCAGUCCGGCCUGACUCAGCCUCCCUCAGUGUCCGGGAAUCCGGGACAGACGGUCACCCUCUCCUGUGCUGGAACCAGCAGUGACAUCGGGAAAUAUAACGAUGUCGGCUGGUACCAGCAGCACCCGGGCACGGCCCCCAAAUCUCUGAUUUAUGAUGUCAAUAAACGGCCCUCAGGGAUCCCUGACCGCUUCUCUGGCUCCAAGUCUGGCAACACGGCCUCCCUGACCAUCUCUGGGCUCCAGGCUGGGGAUGAGGCCGUUUAUUACUGUAGCUCACCUACAAGUAGUAGGACUGUGCACAGUGGAUCCUGGGCCCAGUCCAGCCUGACUCAGCCUCCCUCAGUGUCCGGGAAUCUGGGACAGACAGUCACCAUCUCCUGUGCUGGAACCAGCAGUGACAUCGGGACAUAUAACUAUGUCCGCUGGUACCAGCAGCACCUGGGCACGGCCCCCAAAGCCCUGAUUUAUGAGGUCAAUAAACGGGCCUCAGGGAUCCCUGACCGCUUCUCUGGCUCCAAGUCUGGCAACACGGCCUCCCUGACCAUCUCUGGGCUCCAGGCUGGGGAUGAGGCCGUUUAUUACUGUAGCUCACCUAGAAGUGAAGGCAGCAUCUGCGGCGUCUCCACGAUGGCCUGGGCUCUGCUCCUUGUCACCCUCCUCACUCAGGACACAGGGUCCUGGGCCCAGUCGAGCCUGACUCAGCCUCCCUCAGUGUCCGGGAAUCUGGGACAAACGGUCAUCCUCUCUUGUGCUGGAACCAGUAGUGACAUCGGGGGUUAUAACGAGGUCAGCUGGUACCAACAGCUCCCAGGCGCGGCCCCCAAAACCCUGAUUUAUAAUGUCAGUAAACGGCCUUCAGGGAUCCCUGACCGCUUCUCUGGCUCCAAGUCUGGCAACACGGCCUCCCUGACCAUCUCUGGGCUCCAGGCGGAGGACGAGGCUGAUUAUUACUGUAGCUCAGCUACAAGUGCUUACACUUGGCACAGUGGUCCAAGUUCAUGGGGAAUUGAGACUAAAACGUCCCUGAGCUCACAGGCUCCCUAUUGCUCUGGAGAUGCUUCUCCUCCCUGA